AUGAAGCUCUGCAGCAGGCUGAGGGACGUGCUGGCCAACUGCAGCAGCAGGAAGGCGGACAAGGAGUGCAUAGAAUACGUGAAAAAAAUCCUGAAGGAGAAGAAUAAAAAAAGCGAGGAGCAAACAAAGGAGCUGUUCGAAUUCUUAGCCAACAUUAUUUAUGAAGACUUAGAAAGAGACAUAUUAAAAAUAAAAGAAAAUGGCUACCAGGAGGUCCUCUGCGAUUUUCUAUUCUACUUGUUUAAGUACAUGCGUAGAGUCAACGUGAAGAAAUGUUACAAAUUGGUGAGGAAGGUGACAAUCAUGGAUGUCUCCACCUCUGACAAUACUGACAAUAUGAGCGAUGGUAAGGGUGAUGGUAAGGGUGACCAGGUAAAGAACAGGAGCCCCUUUCGUAUGGUACCCUUCCUACUUAGCAGCAACAUCCUGAUCUACCUAGAAAUGCUAAAGAGAGAAGACAGUAAAAACAUGCAGCAGGAUGAACACUAUUUUUACCAGAGUAUGAAGAACAUCAUGAUGAGCAAGAAGUACGUCUUGAUGUUGAGUCAAGUCAUAGGGAGUGUAGUAACCAAAUUUCCCAAUUUUCCUCAUUUCAUAGACACAUCGUUUAAUCUCUACCUUUAUGUACGUAAUGGGUUGGUUCCUUUUUUCCUAAAAAAUGUAUACAAAAGGAUUACAGAUUUAUUUCAACUAAAAGGGAAAGAAAUUAAUACAAAAUUUACUGUGAAGAAGUAUUACGGAUUUUUAUUUUAUGUAUACUUUAUUUACAAAUUGAAGAUCAUCACCUGUUUGCAUUUAAACCCAAGUAGUACCUAUAGCUUACUAAAUGAUUCUGUUCAAUUGAGCACAAUCUUGGAUCUAUAUUCUCACGUUUUGAGAGACUAUAAAAAUAUCUUACACUUAUGCUUCACCGUUAUAAGCAAUAAAAAAAACAACAAGACCGUUUUGAAUACUUUUUGUUUAGCCAUCAUUUAUUUGGUAAAUCUCCUUCAUGCUAACCACAACGAUAUUUUGAAUGUCUUUCCAGAAAGUACAAAGAAUAACUCCUCUUUGUUUAAGAAAUACAGAGAUGUGUUUUCUAUGUAUCGCAAAUUGUUUGACGCUAUGUUUAAGCUAAGUGAAGAGCCUUCGUUUAGUCUAUCAAAGGUGAAACUCGCUGUGUUUUGCAACCUCUCCUCGGGUAGAUUCAACAAUCAUUUCGUAUCAAAAAGGGAGAAGCAGAGGAAGGAGAAGUGGAUGUACAGACAGAAUUAUGCUACCAAGGAAGGGCAGACACGGGAUGGUCAGAUCGCCCAUACGCAUAAUGCAGAUCAGAAUAAGGCAGCCUCUGAUAGCACGAAUCUCCAUCGUGAAGCCAACAACUUGAUCGUCGAGUGGUUAGCCAAGAAGAAAGGUCACAUAAGCAAACAAGAACUGGUGCAGUUAACUUAUAGGACUGUAACUGAGCACGACUACUCCUGCUUCGUCGUUUUCUCCUUCCUGUAUAUGUUGACGAGGAGAUUUAUCAGAUUGUAUGACUUCUCCCCCGUCCUACACGACAUCGUUUUUUGCAAGCCCUUCCGCAUUGGCGAGAUCAUUAUGGAGAUGGAGGCUUCUGCUGCGAGUAAGAAGCAGAGCGGCAACAGCGUUGAAAGCGGCAACAGCGUUAAAAGCAGCAAGAGAGUUGAAAGCGGCAAGAGAGUUCAAAGCAGCAAGAGAGUUGAAAGCAGCAAGAGAGUCAAAAGCAGCAAGAGCGUUGUGCCUGCGAAGAAAAUCCCCACCACGGAACUCGCCAACAUCCUCUACAACAACGCCUUUUUGAAUUUACUCAAAGAUAAACUGUGCCUUUACCUCAACAUUGAUGGGAAUAUACUGAAUCUGUUUUUUAUGAAUGAGCUGUACAAGUUUGUUAACAACAGGGACUUGAAUUACAAAAAUUUGCACUACCUGCUGGCCCACGACACAGGCACGAGGUACUACCGGAUGAAUGUGCUGCUGCUGCUGCAGAAGAUUGUCCUGCGCAACGUGCUCAGGUACGCCCUCUCGCUGGGUGGCCAGGCGAACAACGGUAGGGAGAGCAGCGGUAGGGAGAAGAGCGGUAGGGAGAAGAGCGGUAGGGAGAAGAGCGGUAGGGAGAAGAGCGGCAAGGAGAUCAACGAUCAGGAGAACAACGGCAGGGAGAUCAACGAACAGGAGAACAACGGCCAGGAGAACGACUGCGAAGCGGUUGGCGACCAAGUCGAUGCUGCCCACUUGCACGCGGGGGGAGGCAGCCAACUGGCCCUCCUCUUCACCAAGCAAAACAAAAAGCUGAAAAUGCUCAACAUCAACGAGUUCGCCCUGGGCACCAAGGAACUAAAAGCCGCUGCGGAGAAGAAGGAAGAAAACACGUUCACCAUUUUAAAGAGCAUCGAUUUUGUGGAUAUCACCGACAGUGCUGAGAAGAAGAGCCUCCAGUUCGACAUGAACAUAAUUAACAUCGCCGUAAAUCAGCUAACCAAGGAAAGCUUCACCACAUUAAAAUCGCUGAUCUCACUGCAAAAUAAGAAAAAGGAUCAAACCAAAAUGUACAUGAAGAAUUUGCGCUCCCUUGAAAUUUUACUAAAAUGCACGUACAAUUUUGUGAACGAAUUUUUGGCCAUAAUUCACCUGACCAAGUUAGGUAAAAAAUGCAUACUCUGUUGUAAUGGCAAAAGGCAGCACAUUUUGUGCACACAAAAUUAUUACGAGAAAGUAAAGAAUAAGAAGAAAAAGAUAAAGACAACGGAAAGGGAAGUGCACCUACAGUUUGAGCCAACGUUUGGCAAAAAAUGUGCCAAAAGAAAUAACUUCCUAGUUGUAAAAAAACUUAUUAAAUUGUGUGUUUCGAUCAUGAAGAAGGGAAAAAAAAAUCCCUCUGAGGAGAAGCAGAAACGACGACACUGUAACAUUCAAACGGUGGAAUUAUCCAAAGUUAUUUUUUUCUUUUUAACCUUUUGA